AUGGAAUCUCGAAAUGUACACGCCAACUGUGUCAAGGUCCAGUUCGGGCAACAAUCGAAAAUGCCAUCGGACAAGGAGGUUUUUGCCUUCUUUCGAAAGCGUGGAUGGGCUCCGGAAUCCCUGAGUGCUAUGUUCCGUGAGCCCAGGGAGUACAGCGUAUACGUGAAGUUUCAGUCUGAGGAGUUCAUGAAAGCAGCGCUGCUGAAGUGUCCGCCGACGGACACAUUCGCUUAUGACAACGGUGAGACGGCACAGGUGUCAUUUGCUACGGCCAGGGGCGACUUCCGAUAUGUGCGCCUUUUUGGGCUGCCAAUCGAAGUUGACGAGAAGCACGUGGGAAACGUGCUGUCCAAGUACGGUAAGAUCCAUCACAUGGUUCGGGAACGGUACGGGCAGGAUACAGGGUAUCCAAUACUCAACGGUGUGCGUGGUGCACAUAUGGAGAUUUCCACCGCCAUUCCUCCUCAGCUCCACGUGCAACACUUCCAAGUUCGCGUGUUUUACGAGGGUAUGCAGAACAAAUGUUUCGUCUGCGGCAGUCCGGAGCAUGUUAAGGUGAACUGUCCCAAGAGAGCUUCUGUCGCUAACCGUCUGAGGCAUAGCGAAGCAGGCUCCACAUCCUAUGCUGGAGUGUUAACAGGAGGAUUUGUAAAUCAGCGGCCAUCUCCAUCCGACGACGGUCGGGACAAAUCUAAGCAAGGGAGCGAAGCUCGUGAGGAAGUGGCGGCAGCUGCUAAGGAGCCAAGUGUGCCCACACUAACCGAAGCGUCGGACGGGGUGCAAGUGACAUCGUUUCAAGGAACCAACGAAUCUGGGACGCAGGUGCCAGUUCCAGCGGCGCGCACUCAUCUUGAGCAAAUCGAGUCAGAGGGGAGUGCGAAAGUGCAGCAAAUGGAAGGAGCAGAAUGGAGUACAGCGAAGAAGCGAGGGCGCAAGUCGCGAGUAGACGAGUCCGCAGCGGCCAACGUUUCAGAUUCAUCAGAACCCGAAACUCCGAAACAACGUUUGCUGGAGAAGCAAUCAGUGCGCACGCGAUCACGAAGUCAACGCAACCAGAAUCACCGUCCUAUUAGUCUAUUAAACACGGACUACAAACUGUUUACAAAAAUUCUUUCGAAACGGAUUGCGCUGGUUUUGGAUCGGUUAUUGGGCCCAGGACAAUGUGCAACCGUGGAUGGCAGAUCCUGUACAGACAACCUCAAGGACAUCAGGCGUCUUGUGACACGUUCGGUUGAGUCCAAACGUUUCAAAGGAUUUCUACUUAGUGUAGAUCUAGAAAGAGCUUUCGACAACGUGGAUCACGCUUUCUUGUAGAAAGUGCUCGAAAAAUUUAGUUUCCCAGCUGGUUUUAUACAAUGUCUAAAAUCUUUGUACAAUAAAGCUACCUCCAAAAUUCUUUUGCACGGGUUUUUAACACCAGAGGUCAAAAUACAAUCCUCGGUACGGCAAGGAUGCCCGCUCAGUAUGAUCCUUUUCGUGCUUUACGUCGAGCCUUUGAUAAGGAACUUACAUGCUAGCUCCAGUGGUGUUCUGGUUUACGGAAAAUUCCUGAAAGUGAUAGCAUAUGCCGACGACAUUACUAUUUUUGUCAGAGGCCAGGACGAGCUGGAUUUGGUUAUGCAAAUCAUAGAAUCGUUCACUCAACAUGCAAGAAUACGGGUGAACCUACAAAAAUCAUCUUUUUUGAGGAUCAACAAUGCAAGAUCUGGUCCACAGAAAGUACGUGAGGUGGAUGAGCUGACAAUUCUGGGUGUCAUUUUUGCUGGAUGUUGGUCGAAGGUCAUCGAUAAGAACUAUUCAAAGCUAAUUAGGAGCAUCCAGUUUCGCCUGCUGACAAACGCACAAAGAAACUUAAACAUUUUGGAACGUGUGUGGAUUCUGAAUACGUUUGUACUCUCCAAAUUGUGGUACAUUGCACAAGUUUUUCCGCCAAAGAAUUGCCAUUUGGCCAAAAUCAAAAGCAUGGUCGGAAAUUUUCUAUGGAGUGGAUCUGUUUUCAGAGUGGCUAGAGAUCAGCUCUAUCUAGAUCACAGUAGAGGCGGUCUGCGUUUGGUUGAUCCGGAAUCUAAAUGCAAAGCUCUUUUUGUGAAGAACAUUUUGAACCUGCGUAAUGAUGUAGCUGAGGAGAAGUAUUUGCUGGAUAUUCCUAAUAAUGGACGCCUGACGAGAAAUGCAAAAGAGUGGAUUGAACUUGCGCGAUUGAUUGACCAGGAAGCCAACCCAGAAGCUCAAUCGUGCAAGCAAUUAUAUUACAAGUUCCUCAGAAGUUGCGAGAUUUCAGUGAGGGUUGAAGACCAUUUUCCGGAUGAAGAUUGGUUCACCCUUUGGAAAAAUACGAGCUACAACUUUCUCUGCUCCGAGGACAGAUCCAACAUAUUUCUACUGUUGAAUGAUGUUAUAGCGAAAAAAAAAAACUAUUGAUGUAUAAGAUAGGGAGACUUUCUGAUGGAAAUUGUGAAAGUUGUGGUGUACCUGACUCAAAUUUGCACCGUGUGACAGAGUGUAAUAGAACCAAAGAGAUACGGCAGUGGACGGAACAAAUAUUGAAAAAUAGGCUUAGAGUAAACUUUUCAAGAAUAGAUGAAAUUUUGAAUUGGUCGAUUGACGAAAAUGAUCUUCAGCAAAAAGCAGCAUUAUGGUUAGCAAUGCAUUGCAUCAGUUGGAGUGUAAAAGUAAAAAGAAAUAGUUUGUUUUGUUUUCAAAAGAGCAUUAGGGAAAUAAGAUGGACAAACAGGAGAACAUUUGCGGUUAAUUUCGGUAAUAACUUGAACAUUUGUUAGAAUAAGGUAGUUUUAAGUAAGUUUUGU